CAGAUAAAAGCUUUUUCUUCCCACCUCCCUGUGUGGUAUUCCUUUGUCUAAUUACCCGUCAUCCUAACAGGAGACAGACAGACAUGGGAAAGACCAGAAAUGUAUCCCUGGACACCGUGGUGACAGAGUUCAUCCUCCUGGGCUUAGCUCACCCCCGGAAUCUGAGGGUCCUCCUCUCCCUGGUCUUCUUCACCAUCUACAUCCUGACUCAGCUGGGGAACCUGCUCAUCCUGCUCACUGUGUGGGCCGACCCCAAGCUCCACGCCCGCCCCAUGUACAUUCUCCUGGCCGUGCUCUCCUUCCUGGACAUGUGGCUCUCCUCCGUCAUUGUCCCUAAAAUUAUUCUAAGCUUCACUCCCGCCAGCAAGGCAAUGCCAUUUGGUGGCUGUGUGGCUCAGCUGUAUUUCUUUCACUUCCUGGGCAGCACGCAGUGCUUCCUGUACACCUUGAUGGCCUAUGACAGGUACCUGGCCAUCUGCCGGCCCCUGCACUACCCAGUGCUCAUGAAUGGGAGGUUAUGCACCAUCCUUGUAACUGGAGCUUGGGUGGCCGGCUCCAUCCACGGGUCUAUCCAGGUCAUCCUGACCUUCCGCCUGCCCUACUGUGGACCCAAUGAGGUGGACUACUUUAUCUGUGACAUCCCUGCUGUACUUAGACUGGCCUGUGCUGACACGACUGUCAACGAGCUGGUGACCUUUGUGGACAUUGGGGUGGUGGCUGCCAGCUGCUUCAUGUUAAUUCUGCUCUCCUAUGCCAACAUUGUGCACGCCGUCCUGAAGAUGAGCACGGCUGAUGGCAGGCGCCGGGCCUUCUCCACCUGUGGCUCCCACCUGACUGUGGUCACAGUCUACUAUGUCCCCUGCAUCUUCAUCUACCUUCGUGCUGGCUCCAAGAGUCCCCUGGAUGGGGCCGUGGCUGUGUUUUACACUGUUGUCACUCCACUGCUGAACCCCAUCAUCUACACUCUGAGGAAUCAGGAUGUGAAGUCAGCCCUGAAGAGAAUAACCAUGGGGAGAGGAGCCACAAGUGACUAA